AUGGUGACUUACAGGUUCCACCAGUACCAGGUGGUCGGAAGAGCUUUGCCGACGGAGGCGGACGAGCACCCCAAGAUCUACCGGAUGAAGCUAUGGGCGACCAAUGAGGUCCGAGCCAAGUCAAAAUUCUGGUACUUUCUGAGGAAGCUUAAGAAGGUGAAGAAGAGCAAUGGUCAGGUUCUUGCUAUCAAUGAGAUAUUCGAGAAGAACCCAACCACAAUCAAGAACUAUGGGAUCUGGUUAAGGUACCAGAGUAGAACUGGCUAUCACAACAUGUACAAGGAGUAUCGUGACACAACCCUCAAUGGUGCAGUCGAGCAAAUGUACACUGAGAUGGCCUCUCGUCAUAGGGUCCGUCACCACUGUAUCCAAAUCAUCAAAACAGCUACUAUUCCCGCUAAGCUCUGCAAGCGAGAAAGCACCAAGCAGUUUCACGACUCGAAGAUCAAGUUCCCCUUGGUGUUCAGAAAGGAAAAGUACAAUUCUCAUAAGACAUUUGAUAUUCAGGUUCAUGGGAUCCUUUUGUGGGCUUCAUUCGGAUUCUUGAUGCCGCUCGGGAUAUUAACAAUUAGAAUAUCGAGCUGUUCGGACGAUAUGCAUCCUUCGAGGCGCAAAAUCUUGUUCUACACUCACUCUAUUUCUCAGGUACUCUCCGUGCUAGCCGUUACCGUUGGAGCCGUUUUAUCCAUCAGAAAAUUCGAAAACACGUUCGAAAACAGUCAUCAAAGAAUCGGGCUCGCACUUUAUGCCGCUGUUUAUUUUCAGCUCUUGAUCGGAUGUAGGCGGCCUAAGAGGGGAACUGCAAGUAGGCGAACGUGGUAUUUUUUGCAUUGGCUACUCGGCACGACUAUAUGCUUAGUCGGGAUUUUGAAUACUUACACGGGCUUACAAGCUUACCGUAAGAAAACGUCGAAAAGCGCGACUCUUUGGGCAGUAGUUUUCACAGCACAAGUUUCAUUUAUGGUGAUUUUCUAUCUAUUUCAAGAUAAAUGGGAGUACAUUUUAAAGCAAGGGAUGAUUGGAAGUGGUAAUGGUGAUGGUGAACUCAACAACACUUCACCAGUUGAAUUGGAGAACCAAAUAAAGGAAGUAUUGAGUGAGCCAAGGAAAAGCAAUGCACUUGGGACUCAUUUCUUGAGAAGCAAUGCACUCAAUAAGCUAUUUCAAUUGACAUGA